AUUACAGUUUUGUUCAAAUUACGCUUCCAGUUGUACUUACUCAUCAGUUUAGUCGCGUAUGAAGGAGUUGUACCUCCACCGGGCCGUCGAAGUACAACCCUGUUUCAAUCGUGACGUUUUGCGCGACCUGUCAGACCGGGCCACGACCGCUCGGCUGGAACUUGAGGCAUGGGCGGAGGGCGAGAAUAUUAAUUUUGACGCUGCCCGUCCUGUGGAUCGCGCAGUGGCUGUCCAACCGUUUGGGCCGGAUGAAGAAGACCUUGACCUGCAAAUACUGCAGUCGGCCACUGCUGGUAAUCUCCAAACAUUGCGCGAGUGGACUUCAAAACUCCAAUCAUCACCUGAUGCUCGGGAGCGCGCGACUCGUACUUUCCUUGCUGCUAUCAAUGAAUUUUCAGACGAUGUACUGGCCGUUCUUCUCGAGAGUGGAUUAGUCGAUAUCUACGCAGAAGAUGACAUUAAUGAACGCAAUUGUUUGCACGAAGCAGCCAUUUCAGGUCGAGAGUUUGUAUUCAAGUCGGGGCUCGCGGCAGGUGUUGAUAUCUCAAGGUCUGAUGUUUACGGCCGACUUCCUCUACAUUAUGCUUGUAUACACGGCCGGGUGGAAAUGGUGAAAAAUCUAUUAGCUGCAGGCCCCCACACUGUCGACGUAAUGGACCAUGACAACUUCACGCCGCUGAUUCACAGUAUUGUAAAAGGUCAGCUGUCGUGUGCUGAGCAGCUUCUUCACAGCAAUGCUCGCAUUGAUCCGGCCUCUGAAUCAGAUCACAUUCCGCUGAACCUGGCAUGCCAACAUGGAUCACUUCCGAUUGUGAAAAUGCUUCUCGAACGGCACGCACAACUACUCCCAGAUGCAGAAGGUCUCUAUCCUCAACAUAUGGUCGCAAGGGCCUCGCAGUCUCCGCAACUACUGAUGAUGCUCAAACAACAUGGGGCCGAUUUGAACCAGAGAGAUAAACUGUAUCAGUGGACGCCACUUUUCCAUGCUGCUAGUGAAGGCUGUGUUGACUGCCUGCGCGCUCUUCUCGAAUUGGGUGUGGAUGCCGAUGUUGUAGAUGAGAAGGGUCUCGCUGCAAUGUAUUACGCAGCGUGGGAAGGCCACUUGGAGUGCAUGCUUCUGCUUUGGUCGCAUCGCGGUGAUUCCUGUACCCCGCAAAAGCCAUUCGAUGUCCCGAAUGGUCUAAGGCUACAAGAAGCAAGUCAUGUCCCUGGUUUACAAAUGGAGGAUACCUCGCCUUUUGAAAAUACUGAGACAGCGGAUGGCAUACCCGAUCUUUCUCUCCCUCCACCAAUCAUACCUCUACGUCGUUACGGCCAUAACUUUUUGGACAAGAAAGUCUUCGUGCAAAUUCUUUUUGAUACCGGAAAUUACGGUUCCAUUACCUUUGAUCAAGCAGGACGUCAUCCUGCAGCCCGGCUAACCAUUUCCUCGAAACUCUCUGACUUGAUCCCACGCACCAUUAUGCUUCCCAUCCAAGAAGAUUCGCGACUGAUCUCAUUUCAGGUAGACAACCUGGAGACAUUCGCUGUGGAUUUUGAGAUUUUCCCCACAUUUGGUUCAAAAGUGAUAGCGAAGACGGUCGCCCUACCCACAGUAUUUAGGGCUGAGAAUUCUAGCACUGGAUCGUGUUGCUUGCCGUUGUUUGAUCCUAGGUUGCGGUCAAUAGGGCAGUUGCGGUUUGGGUUCCAAGUCAUCAAACCGUACCAUGGUGAUCCCUUAGAGAUCACCCACUUCGCUACCUAUUGGAAGGCGACGAGUGCUAUCGACUCAGAACACAACGGUCUGGUCACAGGUUCGAGCUUGUCUGGUGAUCAUGUUCAACUUUUUGUGCAGCUCACCAGAGACAGAAUCCCUGUGCUCUAUCCGUGUUUUACAGUUCAGCAUCAUGGUAUUGAAAUACCCAUCUGCCAUCUCACUUACUCGCAGUUCCAAGUUAUUGGUGCCGAGAGGGGUGCGAGUCGUUCCGAGUUGUUCCAGUACCUUCAAACGCGUGCCGUUGACGACUUGGCACAAGCACACCGUCUACUUGCAUCUUCAUUUCUCUCCCUGAAAGAGAUGCUCCAGCAUCUGCCCAUUAGCAUCAAUGUUAAUCUCUCUAUACUCUAUCCGUCGGCUGCCGAGGAGCAAGCGCUACAUAUGGUAUCAUUAGCGGAUGUCAAUAGCUUUGCUGAUGCCAUCCUUACUGUGGUGUUCGAUCAUGCUCGUGUGUCACGAAAUCAGAACCCUGAGUUCAUGCGUUCUAUCGUAUUUACCUCUUACAACCCUAAUAUUUGCGUUGCUUUGAACUGGAAGCAACCGAAUUAUCCCGUUCUUCUUUGCAAUGAUCUUGGCCAAAUUCGUGAUUUGGCCCGUGACGUUGGCUCACUUCCAGACAUCAAUAGUAGUGGUCGUGCAUCACUGUCCAUCAAAGAAUCGGCAAGGAUAGCGCAGAGUAACAACUUUAUGGGCUUAAUAUGUCGGUCCAGCCUCUUGAAUGUUGUGCCAGCGCUUGUAGAGACAAUCAAAGAACUCGGUCUUGUACUUGUGGCGGACACAUCUGACGAAGUUGAACCCCCAGCCCACAAAGAAGUUCUGGGCGUGGCGACCGCGAUGGGUGUAGCUGAAUGGGCAUACCGAAUGCCUGAUGGUGUGAACGGUGUGAUGAAAGCCAAUGGCAUCUUGAGAUUCAACGAUACGAUUGACAUGUGAGACAUGGUUAAGGACAUGCCUCACUCUUGCAGUCAACUUUUGAUAUUGUUAACUUGGGUAUAUAUGAAGAUCUUUAGGGAGUGGCAUCUGCAUUUCGGCCUCAAGUGUCCUUUGCAUUUUGGUGAUCCAAUCCCUUUUUUUCUUUCGCUUUUACCUACGCCUGACAAGCAUCCAUCAUCCUACUAUCCUCAUCGAGGCUUCGUGCAACACCGAACCCACAAGAAAGAAAAGCAGAAGAGAAAGAGAAAGAGACAGAGGUUAGAGGCGCUAGCUGCAUACUUCUAUUUAUUACUUUGACUCAGAAAUCUGGCCGC